CAACAUUUCGAAAAUCAGGUCAGCAAAACCACUUCCCUAUUUCCAGACGACACAGCAUUAUUAUUAUUAUGGUUUAGUCCACGAUGGUAUCUUUGUACUAAGUCUAGCAAUUGAAGACGCUCGAGAUCAUCCGUUGAAGUAUGCCUACUUUGUUUCGUCCCUGUAUUGAUCUUCAUAACGGUCAAGUGAAGCAGAUCGUCGGUGGUACUCUUGACUCGGCAGAGCAAGACUUGAAAACCAACUUUGUAUCAAGCCACGGUCCUGUUUACUUUGCUGAGCUGUAUCGCAAAGACCAGUUAGUGGGAGGUCAUGUGAUCAAGUUGGGAGGAGGAAACGACGAGGCUGCUCGAUCAGCUCUAGCCGCUUGGCCUAAUGGACUGCAGGUUGGCGGUGGAAUCAAUGCUGACAAUGCUAUGCACUGGUUGGAGGCAGGUGCCAGUAAGGUCAUUGUGACGUCCUGGCUGUUCCCCGAUGCCUCUUUCAGCGAAGAGCGUUUGAAACAGCUGUCACAGCUUGUCACACCGCAGCGUCUUGUGGUGGACAUUAGCUGCCGACGGCGUGGUGACUCUUGGCUUGUUGCCACCAACAAGUGGCAGACAGUCACCCAAUUUGAGCUCAGCAAAGAUUCCAUGUCACUUCUGGCGUCGUACUGUAGCGAGUUCUUGGUUCAUGCGGCCGAUGUGGAGGGUCUGUGCAGUGGCAUUGAUGAGCAGCUUGUCAAAGCUUUAGGAGAAUGGUCGAGUAUCCCAUGCACAUAUGCGGGUGGUGCGAAAGCUCUCUCAGACCUGGACUUAGUCAAUCGUCUCUCAGAGGGCAAAGUAGACCUGACGAUCGGAAGUGCCCUGGAUAUCUUCGGUGGUGACAAGGUAAAAUUUGAGGACUGCGUUCAGUGGAACAUUCAGCAGCAGACGAGUAGUUGUUCCAGCUGAUGCAGCUGAUGUAGCUGACAUGAUUGGGGGUUUUGUCCUCACGAUACCACUGCCUUGGUGUAGAGCAGUGUAUAUCCGUAUAACUUAUACUCUCUGAGCAAUGCUAGCUGGCCUAGCGUCGACCCACUCAUACCAGAAGGGGAUGUUGCAAAGUUCUGUUCUAUCCCUACACGCGCACAUACACCCACGCACACCCACACAUACACACGCACGCAUCAUGCUGACAAUGAGCCAUGUGCGGCAUGUGCUACGCGCUAGUUCACUAACUACAUUGCAGUGCAUCCUAAGUGUGUGCCAUACUAGAACCGAAAUCCUAAAACAGGACGUCUAAAUCAUGCAAACUUGGCUGAUUUCCGGACUGUAAAACACGAAAAUUUGAGCUGUACGCAAGUCGCAGCUUGGCUGACCUCACCAGGGUGACGUAGUGCACGAACUGCGCUGUUUCAGAUCUGAUAUGCACAGUUGCACACUCUGGUUUAUGUACUCUUGCUACUACUAGUCACUUGGUGUGUACAACUAGGUAGCCGAUAUCAGUACAAUACCCUACCGUGAUUUUGCUUUAGAAUAUUUUAUACUGUUUUUUGACUAUUUUCGCAUUUACCACUCAAUCUCCUACAGCUAAUCCAUUUUGCUCAGUGCUCUGUGCGUUAGCCUGACCUACCUUUCUAGUUCAGACUGCCGUGAUACUUCCGUUAUGUUUGAAAUCUUGUUAAUUUAUUGAACCUGUUCCACUGCAAGCCAGUGUCACAUCA